UUAAUCCGCAACCAAUGUCUGAAUCCAACUCGCCUCCGCGCCGGCGCGCACGGGAGUCGAGAUCUCCUGAUGACCGUCGACGGUGUGCGGUCAGGGAGGACGACCGAUGGCGCAAAGACGAUGAUCGGUCAGCGAGGAGGAAACACCACAGGUCAAGAAGUCGAAGUCGGAGUCGAGACCGAGAUCGAGAUCGAGCACGAAGGAGGUCACGAAGCCCGGAAAAGAGCGAGCAUAGAAGGGAGCGAAGUAGAGAUAGGCGGAGUCACCAUCGUCGGCCGCGGUCAAGAUCUCGGUCUCCUCGUCGGAAGCGUUCACCUGAGGCUUUUCAGCGCUCAAAGGGUCCUCUCCCGUCGCAGGUCGACGCAUUCAAAACUACCACCAACAAGGACAGCCCGUCUCCCGCCCCAGAGAAACAAAAGCCGAAUUUUCGGCCGUCAGGCUUGCUCGCGAAAGUCGCCAACACGGUCGCAACGUCUAGCGGCGCGAUAGUCCUCAAAUACCAUGAGCCUCCUGAGGCGAGAAAACCACCCUCCUCGCAAACAUGGAGAUUGUAUGUCUUUAAAGGAGACGAAAUACUGGAUACCUUGGAUUUGUACACCCAGUCUUGCUGGCUCUUUGGAAGAGAGGUGUCCGUCUGCGACUAUGCUCUAGAGCAUCCGAGCUGCUCAAAACAACAUGCUGUCAUACAGUUCCGGUAUAUUGAGCGCAGGAACGAGUUUGGCGAUAAAAUUGGCAAAGUGAAGCCUUAUGUGAUUGACUUGGAGAGUGCGAACGGGACAAAGGUCAACGAUGAAGCCAUACCCGAAGGCCGAUAUGUGGAAUUGAGGGACAAGGACGUUAUCAAAUUCGGCCAUUCUACCAGAGAAUACGUGGUCCAACUGCCUCCGAGAUGAAAGGUCUUUGCCAUGUCUUGCAGCUAUCAUUGCUUGGAGAACUCUUGUGGCAAUAGGCUUACGCCUGAAUCGCUCUCACGCGAAAAUGACGUACCAGUUCGACGGCAUGGGCGCAUGGGCACGACUUGGCAACCAUAUGCGCUUGAAGAACUUUGUUCGCCUGCCGAAAGCAGGCUCUCAUGCAUACCGAAAGCCAUGCUUCUUUGCGCUUUGUUCAGGUUUCUUGGUAUCAGGGGUUUGCCAUAUGGCACCACGAGUCAAACUACCGUCCAUCCCAGCACCCCCAUCGAGGUUUAAGGUUGAUGCUUCCAUCUACUACAGCUACCUUGAAAUCAAAGGAACAACAAUGCCCGGGUCUUCAAUCCUUGAUAUACAAGUUACAAUGCCAUAAGACACAAAAGCUUGGAAGCCAUCCACCGGGCUUUACACAACUGUAUGGUCUUAUCGAUGAUGACGCUAAAUACUGGCCGGUAUGCUCAGUCGAUUCUUGUUUGCGACAGUGGACAGCUUGCCGCCUCACGACUCUUGCCAGCCCAGGAUUGUCUGAUUUCGGUGAUCUUCAAAGCACGGCUGCUUAAGAAGGUUGGCCAGUCUGAUCCAAAGCAUUAUUGGAUCUUGAACACGAAUAAAUAGGAACACACAAUUAUACGAGUUCGGUGCAGGCAGCAGGUCUUUCGGCCAGCAGAUCGCCGGUAGCGAUGGAAUGCAGAAUCAUGCCAGUACUACCAUCCGUCGUGAAAUACCACUAGAUAUUGGUGAAGCCAUUUUUUCCUCCGUCCAGUCAACAGAUGGUCCUAGUGUGUACGAUCAUACAGAGGGAGGAUGUAGUAGUAGUGUACGAGCAUUGGAAAUUUAUUCUGAUAUGCUGCAGAAACCUGAACCUCCCGUCUU